GAUGAAACUACCUUGUCUGUUUCAUCCACGACUUGACUUGCAUCGGCGUUGCUCACAAGUUUGAUACUUAUAAAAUGCACUAAGUGUAACUUAAGUUUCUAAACAAUUUAAUCUAUAUCUCAAAACAUGAAGCAAAAGAUUGUGAUGAAGGUUUCCAUGAACUGUCAAAAAUGUCGCACAAAGGCACUUAAGGUUGUCGCAUCAGCAAAUGGUGUGAGUUUUGUGGGAUUAGAGGGAGAUGAAAAAGACAAGUUAUUGGUAAUUGGAGAUGGCGUAGAUGCUGUCAAGUUAGCCAAUUGUUUGAGGAAAAAGGUUGGACAUACUCAAAUUGAAAGCUUAGGAGAAGUUAAAGCCAGUUGAAAACAUGUGCAAGAGAUGUAAUUUUCUUAUGUGUUUUCCAUUUUUGAUCUUUACUGUGAAGUUGUCAAAUGUAUUGUUAGUAUAUGAUUGGAUUGUUAUGUAAUGGUAUGCAAUCAACAUUGUAAUGUAAUGAAAUGGAAUAAUGUCCAAACAAUUCAAUAGCAUACAAUUUUCUUUCUAUUGUUUGAUAGGAGUUACAUGAUAUUAAGACAAAUAAGAAUGACAUGAUAGUUCCAUUG